CUGGUGUAGUUUCCGGCACGGUUUCCAUUUUUCGGAAUAAUAAGACUUAUUAUUUGUACAUUAUAUUUUAUUUCUCGAUUUGUAAUAUUGUUUUUUUCGUUUUUGUUUUUUUACACAGACCGUCUCCGUCACUGUGUCAGUAAUGACGCUAACGGCGAUUUCCAUCGACCGUUGGUACGCCAUCUGUCAUCCUCUAAAGUUCAAAUCUACCACCAGCCGUGCCAGAACGGCCAUUAUUAUCAUAUGGAUCUUGGGACUCGCCUCAGACGUUCCAGAGCUGUUGGUGUUGGAAGCCAUCGAAAAGACGAAACGUUUUUCGUCCAUCUAUCUGACUCAGUGUGAAGCAUUGUGGAGCCAAGAGUCUGAGACCACCUACCAGAUCGCCAAGACCAUCGUGCUUUACAUCCUGCCCCUAUUGCUCAUGUCGGUCGCCUACUACCAGAUUGUCCGGGUGCUAUGGAAAUCCGACAACAUACCCGGGCACACGGAAACUGUGCAAAUGUUCAACGCGAAUGCUUACAACGGGUUCAACCGGACGGCGACGGUGGGGUGUACCAGCACGAUGGCUCAGAUAAAAGCCAGGAGGAAAGCGGCGAAAAUGUUGGUGGCAGUUGUGGUCAUGUUCGCACUGUGCUUCUUUCCCGUGCACCUGAUGAACUUGUUGAGAUUUACGGUGGGCAUUCAACAGUCGCAGGCAACAGCUUUAGUUUCAAAUUUAAGUCAUUGGCUAUGCUACGCUAACAGCGCGGUGAAUCCGUUGAUAUACAAUUUCAUGAGCGGCAAGUACCGUAACGAAUUCAAACGUUUGUUCCUCUGCUGGGGCUCGAACAGACAGAAUCGCCUGCGCCGAGGAGCACACACGUCCCGGAGUGGCACGUACAUUUGCCGUUUCACGAUGACCACGAUGAAGGCAGACAACGUGAGCUUUGGACUAUCGCCUGAAGACAUUCAGUGAAUAUAAUACUAUAAUGGUGACACGACGGAGACGAGACUAUAUAAUAUAAAAAUAUCAUUAUUAUCGCUCGGAGGCAACAUAUUUCUUUUUAAAUUUUUUUUAGU